GUGACUCACCCUACUCUAAAAACCCUUGCUUCAGUUCAAAAACCCUACUUUAAAAACCUGCUCUUUCCUUAUUCUUCGUUUCGGACAUCAAACCCUUAAUUUUCUCCCAUAGAGAAGAUGCCUCCGAAACGCCGGUCACUCAUCGAUAACCCACCUGAUGCUUCUUCCUCGUCCGAUGAAGAAGAAGAUGUAGAAUCAGAAGAAGUUGAGGAAGACGAGGAAGAAGAUGGAGAAGAGAACGACGAAGAAGAAGAUGAACACGAGAAAGCUUCUGCCAAGAGAUCCUCUGCGAAGAACCCGGUUUUUAAGUCCGUGCCAACUCAAAAUACUGUGUCAGGUCGUCAAGCCCAUCACUCCACGGACGAUGAAGAAGAUGAUGCCGAAGAGUCCGAUUCGGAUGAAGAGUCCGGCUCUGAUUCCGAACCAUCACCCGAAAAACCCCACCCACGUUCUCGAGGUGUUGAUCCAAACAUCAAACCAAUCACCUCCAAGCCUAUGGACGACACACCCAAACCGAAGAAACCUCCGGCGUUGGCCAGCCCCACAAAAGCUACCACCACAGCAAAACGUCCCUUGGAGGCUGAUAAGGAAGGGAACAGGGACCUAAAAGGCAAAAGGAAGAAGGUUUCAGAUGCAGACGAGAACGGAUCGCUCCAAGCAGAAGAUACUGAGAAGAAGUCUGGGGACGAUGCCAAGAAACAAUUGUUUCAGAGGUUGUGGAGCGAGGACGAUGAACUCAUGAUCUUGAGGGGUAUGGUGGACUAUCACUCGAAGAAAGGUGCCGAUCCAUGGACUGACAUGGUUGGGUUUCAUGAGUUCAUCAAGAAAGCACUCCAUGUUGAUGUCAAUAAGAACCAAUUAGCUGAUAAAAUCCGUCGAUUGAAGAAGAAGUACAAGACCAAUGUGGGCAGAAGGAAAGGGGGUAAGGACCCUCUUUUUUCUAAGUCACAUGAAUCCAAGGCAUUCGAAUUAUCCAAAAAGAUAUGGGGUUCCGAAGAUAAUUCCGGUGGCAAUAAUCAAGCUACUGAUGAUGGGAAAACGGGUAAGAAACAGAAAGCUGGCAAUGCUGUAAAAGUUCCUUCUUCGGGAGAGGCCUCAAAUGCGGCAGUGAAGGCCGAUGAAGAGCUAAAUUGGUCUAUGUACCCAUCUGUAAUGGAAUCUUUCCGACUUGGGGAAAUCGCGGAAUUGCCAAGGCCUGAUUUUGGGGAGGGUAUUGUGAAAGAAGGUUUGGGUUUGAUGGGGAACUCGAAGGUGAAGGAAUUGGAGGAGAGGUGGAGGAAGUUGCAUAUGUCAGAAAUUGAAAUGUACCUGAAGCGAGUUGAUUUAUUCAGGGACCAGUUGAAGAUGCUGUAUGAUGCACUUGGAUCCAAAAUGUCAGGUAAUCAGUAGUUGCUGCUUGCUUUGGCCAAUGCUGAAAGGAACACUAUUACUUCUUUUUUUUCCUUUUCUUUCUUUUUCCUUCUUUCUCACCUGUUGACGGAUUGGCCUUUAUCGGAGUUUUGCUAAAUUUUGGCCUUAACUGGAUUUCAUCGUCUAUCAGAUCAUGCAUUUAUUACAUCUGGGAGAUCAUCUACAUGCCUGACCUUCUAUUUUGGUUAUUGAUCAUUUGAUCUCAUAUUAAUUAUUCAGGAGAAGGCGCUUAUUUUUAUAUCAAAAUUGUGGUUGGUGACUUGGUAUUACAUAUUGUUUAUCACGUAUGUUCUUUUGUUGUUUCAAAGGCGUUUAUCCAAAAUUGUUUAUCAUACAGGUGUAAUAAGAUGUGUGAUUCUAAUUA